UAAUAUUUAACGGGGGGGUGUCAUUUAUAGACCUGGAAACCUUUAAGCUUUUCCAGGGUAAGGUGUUUUUCUCAGUAUCUGGUAACCUUUGCUCAGAUGGGAUGCCACACUAAGAUCUCACACCCUCAACUGGGUUGGCUCAGUAUCCCACAGAUCGUUUUGCUACUGACAGUGGACUUUGUCCUUCUCUUUAUCAAGGAAGUCUUGGGUGCAUUAUGUUGUUCACUCAGGUACAGGAUUAAAAUACGAGUUGUAUUUUUACUAAUACAAGGGUAUUAAUAUAAGGGUAAAUAAUACAGAAGGAAGUAACAACAUUCACCUGCCAGACAACAAAGCUGUUAGGUCAGUACUGACAAUGAUCAGGAGUAACAGUCCCUUUGACAAUGACACCAGCAGCUACGCAGGAUCGAUCCAGUCUAAUGGUUACUCCACUAUGGAUGAGGUGUCAUCACAGGUGUCAAAUCUGUCGAAACCCAGUGGAAAGUCAAUUUACUUGCAAAGGAAGGAGUAUGUUGCAUCAAUAAACAAGAUGAUGGACAAAUUUCAGUACAGAGUGGAGCAUUUGUUCACUUGUGAGCUGGAUGGGAAGGAGUUGAGAAGCGUGGCUGACUGCGUGGAGCGGCUGAAUCUGCUGGACGGGAUGGGUCGUGUGUGGGGUCAGAGCAUGCUGCUGGAGGUGCGAGGUGCUAAACUGCUGCUCACAGACAAGCAAACCAAGGAGGAGCUGGAGUCCAUGGCUCUCAAUGACGUCCUGGAGCUAAAGGCUGUGCUGGAUGCUGGAGUGUUUAACUCUCUGCUCACAGUGUCAGUCCAGACCAGGAGAAAACACACCACCACUGUCUUCAUGUUUCAGUGCGAGGAUGUCAGGGCUGACUAUGUUCAAAGGGAUCUCUCACGUGCCCUGUCACAGAGAAGAGAGGAUUCAAGCAUCAGCAGCAAUGCAGGACUUACGGCUGCACAUGAGGAAAUGAAAAACCUUUGUAAUGCUGCAAAAUCUUCUGAACAUAAAGAGCAGAAGCCUGCAGUUGACUCAGUGCCCCAAUGGAUGGCUCCUGACUAUGAGGAGGAUGACGUCUCUGAGCCUGAGCUGGUUGUACCUCAGGAAGAGGAGGAAGAGGAGGAAGAUGAGCCCCCAACUCCCAGAGAUGAGGUACUAUCGCUGCAACCUUUCACCACCGCUCCACGCCCGUACACAGAGCUGGACAGGAAUGUAGAUAUCCUGAAUCAUAUUCUAAGUGACAUAGAAAUCUUCAUGGGACAAGUAGCUGCGGUAGUAGCUAAAAAUGCAAAGAAAAAGAAGAAAAAGAAAAAAGGAAAAUCCAUGGACGGCAUGCCCCCUGUAGCAGAAUUUGCAGCGUGUCUCCAUAAGAUCAAAUGUGGUUUCAACCUUCUGGGAGAGCUCAAUGGAAGGAUUAAUAAUCCCAGUGCUCCUGAAUUUGUUCACUCCUUCUUCUCCACAUUAACAUUUGUGGUAUCUCACUGCCCUGAGGAUCUGCCACCGACCAUUGUGGCACCGCUGCUGACGCCUCAGUGUAUCCGUCUGAUGAGUGAAGAGGCCUCCGCAGACAACGACAAGCUGUGGCAGUCUCUGGGAGACGCCUGGAACAUCCCCAGCACCAAAUGGCCAGAAGACGAUGAGGACAUCCCAACAUACACUCUGGAGUUCUCUGACGGCUGGCAGCCCCCUGAACCCAGAGAACCUGUGAGCAGAAGGGAGAGUCCACAACCUGCACCCAGCCAGACUCCGUGUGCCAAGUGGACACCAUCACACCCCCCGCAAAAAACACGCUCAGGUCAGUUAAAAACGCGUCCCAUGCGCGUUAUGUAUGACUUCAUUUCAAGAAACCACCGAGAGCUCACUGUCAGAAAAGGAGAAAUAGUUGAGCUGCUGGACAUGUCGAAGCAGUGGUGGGAAGUGAGGAACAGCAGAGGGGAGGAGGGCUUUGUACCCAAUAAUGUCCUGGAGGCUCAUGAUGAGCGACCUGUCGAGCAAACUGGAGGUUCUCCUGUCCUAACAAAGAAGUCCAAGCCUGCAGAAGUGAAAGCCUGGCUCGAAGACAAGGGCUUUAGUAAAAUCACUAUACGCUGUCUGGGCGUGCUGAGCGGCUCUAUACUCCUGGGGAUGACCAGAGAGGAACUGAAGACUUUGUGUCCAGAGGAAGGGGGGCGAGUCUUCUUCCAUUUACAAGCGGUCAAGUCUGCCAUGGCUGCUGCCAUUUAAGUGGGACCAACAAUGCAGUAAGAGAACAUCAGAGAGGAAGAACAAGAAGAAUCACCGUGGACCAAAACAAGUCACCAAUGAUCAAACACUGUAAACUUUCAGAUAAUAUUAAUCAGAGAGAUUAGGUUUACAGCUUGUUUGGCAUAACAGAUUAUCCUCUGAAACCUUUUGUAUUUUGUCACAUUCACAGAAUGUGCUCAAAAAUGUUUAAGGUCAGCAUGUAAUCAAAUCAGUUGGCAAGAGUUACGUUGAAGUGUAAAUUUAAGUGCACUUAGACGAUUUAACCAGCUGUACUGUGCUAAUGGUGUGUAGUAAGACAUUUAACAAAGUGUAAUGGUCUGAAUUAUGUAUCAAAUGAUUGGGUGAGCAAAAAGCCUAUCUAUGUGGUCAUUAUGGAACCUGUAAAUAAAAGUCAUGUUUGACACACAAAG